GCGGCGGCGGCGGCGGCGAAGCUGGAGGAUGUGGGCCGCAAGGGGGCUAGCGGUGGCGCUGGCCCUGAGCGUGCUGCCGGGCAGUUGGGCGCUGCGGCCGGGCGACUGCGAAGUGUGUAUUUCUUAUCUGGGAAGGUUUUACCAGGACCUCAAAAACAGAGAUGUCACAUUCUCACCAGCUUCUAUUGAAAAAGAACUAGUAAAGUUCUGCCGUGAAGCAAGGGGCAAAGAGAAUCGGUUGUGCUACUACAUUGGGGCCACAGAUGAUGCAGCCACCAAGAUCAUCAAUGAGGUGUCAAAGCCCCUGGCCCACCACAUCCCUGUGGAGAAGAUCUGUGAGAAGCUCAAGAAGAAGGACAGCCAGAUCUGUGAGCUAAAGUAUGACAAGCAGAUCGACCUGAGCACAGUGGACCUGAAGAAGCUCCGAGUUAAAGAGCUAAAGAAGAUCCUGGACGACUGGGGGGAGACGUGCAAAGGCUGUGCAGAGAAGUCUGACUACAUCCGGAAGAUUAAUGAACUGAUGCCUAAAUAUGCCCCCAAGGCAGCCAGUUCACGGACUGAUUUGUAGUCUGGCCGAUCCCUGCUGCACCUGAGGGAAAAAAACAGUUCAUCUGUGUCUUCCCCAAACAGCAUUUUUGUAAUUUAUUUUUUAGGCGGCUCCUGACAAUGUCAGUUGUGAAGCCUGGAGCUUUCCUGAUGAUGCUGGCUCUACAGUGCCCCCAUGGCGGGAUUCACUUCGUUCUGUUGCUGGUUUACUCUAGGACUUCAAAGUGUGUCUGGGAUUUUUUUAUUAAAGGAAGAAAAUUUGUAGCUGUC